AUGGCCGUCUCACGAAAAACUCAACUCCACUGCCUACUACAACGGGUUCAUCCCAUAGCAACUAAAAUCAAUACUAAGGCAUCUACAGUUCAGACAUUCCACAACUGUUUACCAAGAAUUGCCUCCUCCCAUAAUUCUGCUAUCUUUCUUUUCUUAUAUCUCACAUUCUUUUCUUGUCGCCUUUCUUUCUUUCUUCUGAUUCCAUUUAAAUUAUUUCUAUCUUUCUUUCUUUCUUUCUUUCUUUCUUUCUUUCUUUCUUUCUUUCUUUCUUUCUCCUAUUUCCAUUUAAAUCCUUUCUUUCUCCUAUUUCAAUUUUCUUUCUUUCUUUCUUUCUUUCUUUCUUUCUUUCUCCUAUUUCCAUUUAAAUCCUUUCUUUCUCCUGUUUCAAUUUUCUUUCUUUAUUUCUUUCUUUCUUUCUUUCUUUCUUUCUUUCUUUCUUUCUUUCUCCUAUUUCCAUUUAAAUCCUUUCUUUCUCCUGUUUCAAUUUUCUUUCUUUCUUUCUUUCUUUCUUUCUUUCUUUCUUUCUUUCUUUCUUUCUUUCUUUCUUUCUGUCUGUCUGUCUGUCUGUCUGUCUCCCUCUCCUAUUUCCAUUUAAAUUCUUUCUUUCUUUCUUUCUUUCUUUCUAUUUCAAUACAUUAUUUCUCCUAUUCUUUUUUCAAUUAUUCCUUUCUCUCUCUCCUUUUUCCCUCUCUCCUCUUUCCAUUUUAA